AUGGGCUCUAUUGCCAUUGACGACGCCACCAUGUCGAGGCCACCCUUCAAGGUUCUCGUUGUUGGUGGCUCUUACGGCGGUCUCUCCGCCGCUCUCAACUUGCAAGACAUCUGCAGUGGCCGCGCUGCCCGUUGCGGUCCUGAUGCCAAGAAGGCUGCCCUUGACGGCACUUCCGCUGGCCAUGAUGGCCCCCAGUUUGCCGUUGACAUCACUGUUGUGGACGAGAGAGAUGGCUUUUACCAUCUCAUUGGUAGCCCAUUGGCCUUUGCCGACGAGUCCUACGCCGAAAAGUGCUGGGUCAAGUACGAGGACGUUCCCGCCCUGCAACAAUCUCCCAACAACAUCCGCAUUCUCCGUGGCUCUGUCCAGUCCAUCGAUCAAGAGCGCAAGGUCGCCAAGGUUCUCGGGGCUGAGAGCGGCCCUGAACCCACAGAACUCAAGUACGACUACCUCAUUGCCGCCGCUGGUUUGAGGAGAGUCUUCCCUGUCGUGCCCCAGUCCCUUCUGAGGAAGCAGUAUCUCUUUGAGGCUGGUGAGCACAUUCAAGCCGCGACUGCCAACAGACAUGGCGUGGCUGUUGUAGGUGGAGGUGCCGUUGGUAUUGAAAUGGCUGCCGAGCUUAAGCUCGUUUGCCCCGAUUUGAAGGUCACUCUUAUUCACUCGCGUGAUAAGCUUCUCUCGGCCGAGCCUCUUCCUGAUGAGGUCAAGGACCGCAGCUUGGAGCUCGUCCAUGAGGCCGGUGUUGAUGUGCUCAUGUCUCACCGUGUCGACAAGACCGAGGAGUUCGUCGACAAUGGACAUAAGGCCUACAAGGUCUACUUUACCAACGGUCACACCCUUGUGGCCGACUCCGUCAUCAUGGCCAUUUCCAGGAGUGUGCCAUCGACCACCUUCCUCCCCAGGGAAGUCCUCAACGAGCAAGGUUAUGUCAAGAUCCAGCCCAGCCUCCACUUCCCCUCCGAAACACCCAACUCGGAUGACCAUCUCGCCAUCGGUGACCUUGUCAAGUGGUCCGGUAUCAAGCGCUGUGGUGGUGCCAUGCACAUGGGCUACCUGGCCGCUAACAACAUUCACAUGCGUAUGAAGCAGGCUGUCUCUGGCACCGAACCUACAUACCUUGAGCUUGACGAGAUUCCUCCCAUGAUUGGUCUCGCCGUUGGCAAGAAGGCUGUUGCCUACUGGCCCACAAACGGCGUGUCAUCGGGCGAGGAUGUCAACAAGCUUUUCUUUGGUGAUGACCUUGGCUUUGAUAUCUGCUGGAACCACUUGCGACUGGGUGGUUAUGAUGUUAUUAAGGCUUAA